AGUUGCGUUGUUUUGAUGGAGGUAAUCUAUUGACAUUUAGAGCGCACAUGUGUCAAUGAAUGAUGGCACCGAAACAUUGAAAAGAAGUCGGGAACAGAAGAGUCACUAUUGCAUAUUUUCUACCAUCGUAUACGAGAUAGUCGAUCUCUACGCUACCUUCUGCCAGUUGCUUUUAUCUGCGGUAUCGAAUAGUGAUGGCUACUACACAGAAUCUUUCUCAGCUUUUGGAGGACCUCAUCCAGAACGCUCCAACUGUGCUGGCGGUACCCAUAACAUUGAUAGUUUCACUCUUUAAAAUCGUUACGGUGCUGAUAAGCAUAGUGACAUUCCCUUUGAGGAUAGCUGAAGUAUUUGCUAGAAAUUUCCCCAUCCUCGCAGGACUUAUGCUGGGCUUCUUUUCUCUUUGUGCUUAUAUCAUAAAGAAAAUAACCAGGCAGUCAGUUGUUAGCUAUUUCUUGUACACAGUUGUACCUUAUUGUUUAUCCAUUGUGUACACAGUCUUUGGUGUGUUUUUUCCACAAGUGCAUGCCAUCACUAAGCUCAUGCAGGUCCUCCUUCAUCCCAUUAGAUUUGUGCUGGGCAUCGCUGAAAAAGUUGAUGAUAGAGCUAGGCCCAUCAGAGAAGUAGUAGAGGUGUUGGCACCUGGAACUAGUCGUCGCGCUGACAAUUUCAUCCGUCAGCGGGGUACCAGCCCUACGAGAAUGUCCCUGUCUGAGAAGGCUAAUAACGAGAGAAUUCAGUGCUGCAUUUGUUUUUAUAGGGAAAAGACCGUGUUGUUAAGGCCAUGUAAUCAUAUAUGCUUGUGUGACACAUGUCUUCAGGCUGUCAUGUUAGAUUCGCAGCCGCAUUGUCCUAUCUGCAGAACUCCUAUCGAAUCGCACAUUGAUGUGUAUCUUUAGAUUCUCAUGUUGAAUGAUCACUUUUCUCGUUUGCAUCUUUCUUACGCUAU